AUGGACGGUGUUCAAAGUGUGGAUGUGAGCUGGCUUCAUCAUUCGCAGAAAGAUCAUCUUUCACGCACGAAAUCCGUAUCUUCAGGGGUCAGCGACAAAUCGAGCGCCGAGAAGGACUCCGUAACGAACGCAUCAAAACCUCACCGGCGAUCCCGAUCGAAUAGUAGCCCGGCUCGUCCACCCUCAUCAAGCGGCACAACUCCAAAACGCGAGUCGCCAGAUCAAGUGAUCCAGGAAGGAAAGUCCGCACCGGAACCAGAAAUUGCUGUUGAGCAAAGACCAUCCACUACCUCCCCGGCGACACAGAAAACAGCGCCCAAGGCAGUUACUGGGCGCAGGAAUUCAUGGAUAUCCAGUUUGAGCUCCAAGUUCUCCUCCGGAUCUACACCACCCUCGCAGUCUAGUCUGAAGGGAAGCCCGGCGAGCCCCAAAGCCACUGGACCUCUUGAUAACCAUAAUCCAUUCGGUGCCGCUUUCUCUCCGAAAGAUAAAGAAGAAGAAAAGAAGGAUGAUCCAAACCCGUUCACCUCCUCGUCGCCCAAGGGUCCCUCUUUCAUCCAUAGUGCACUCCGCAAGUUUUCGUCCAACUCAGGUGGAUUGCCUAAGCUUCCGCCAAAUGCCGCAACAUGUCCUCGUCGAGUGAUGAACCUUGACCAGGGCCGUGACCGGUGUAAGAUUGCGGAUCUCAACCAAGCUAAGCUAAACAGAGUCGCAUUCUGCGUGGACGUUGAAAUUGCCGGCGUGUCACAUCGGGAUUCGGACGAAGACGCUCCUCCGACAAAUCAACUGCGACAGCCUUUGCCAGAGUCGAAUCGACAAAAGGCAAAGAAAGCCGAAGUCAAUCAGGAUACCAAGGCAGAGGAUAAGGAAAAAGGCAAAGAGGAGGCCGAGGCCCUGAAGCACCCGCAAACUGCGGUGACUGAUAAAGAGGCACCAACAGCUCCAGCGGCUGCCUCUUCUUCGUCGCCCACUCAAACCAAUGUCCCCUCGGAAUCUCAAAUAUCCGCUACUGAACCCGUCGUUCCUACACCUACCGCCGACGGUGAACCAAAUGGCGAAAAGAAAGAUCCGACUCGCAAGCAAGAAAAGAAAAAACGGUCUGAAGAGGAACGAAAGGAGCGCAAAGAGCGUAAACGCAGACAAGCUGUAGCGAAUGGUUCAAUCCCACUCCAAAUUGAUGCAGAACAUGACGACGAGGAGGAUUGUCGUUCGUCAAAGUCUAGUGCCCUACGUUCUAAAACACAGAGCCAUCCUACCACAGACCCCGCGCGCAUCUAUCGCCGUUGCUGUCAGCUGAGAGAGACUCCUGUUCUCAAGCGGGUGAUUGAUGAAAUAUCAUCCCCGUCAUCAACUCUAGCAGAAUCACCGGGCACGGUUGCCGCUUUGGAUCUCAGUAACUUCCCAAUGACACCUCAGGAUAUUGUGACUCUGAGUGAUUGGCUUGCCGUGGUGCCUGUUCGUAAACUUCUACUACAAAACUGUGCAUUGAACGACGCUUCCGUACGGUCGAUCCUUGCUGCAUUACUCUCGACAAAGACGGUGGAGCAGAUGCGCUAUCGGCGAAAGCGAAAUCGCAGAUGUGAAUCCCCCACUAUCAAGUAUGAACGGUGGGGUGUUGUGGAGAAGCUAUCCCUCAAAGACAACCCCAAAAUUGGACGGGAAGGAUGGCGCCACAUUGGCCUCUUCGUUCACCUUUCUAAGUCCCUGAGGGCGAUUGAUCUGUCCGGUAUUCCUUUCCCCAAGCCACGGAACCCAAGUGACAAUUCUACUCAGAGCACGGUCCCAGAUGUAUGCGAUGUAUUUGCGUGUGCUCUAGCGGAAAGGUUUCGCGGUGAUCACCUCGAGGAAUUGCUCAUGAGCGAAUGCAAACUUUCGGUUGAGCAGGUCAAGCGAAUUUGCGAGGCAUCCAGCAAGUUGGGAUUACGAAGGCUAGGCAUUGCAAAUAACGAUUUGACAAGAGAAGGUCUGGAACAUGUGGUCGAGUACCUCAAAGCUGGGCAAUGUGAAGGAUUGGAUUUGGGAGGAAACGAUAUCAAACACGACCUUGAUCUUUUCACAGGUGCUAUUGAACCCGAAAUGCCCCUAUAUGCUCUCAGCUUGGCAGAUUGCUCUUUGGAUCCUUCCGUGAUCUGUCCGUUGUUGCAAGCUCUAACCCAAAUUCACAAUCUUCGCUUCAUCGAUUUCUCUCAUAACCCUGGUCUGUUUUCGACACAGCCCAGUGCACUUGGAGCAUUCCGACGAUUCUUGCCCAAGAUGCCUUCUCUCAAGCGCAUUCAUCUUGCUGAUGUUAAUCUCUCUUCUGAUCACGCCAUCGGCCUUGCUGAAGUGCUAGCGGAGUGCCCUAGUCUUUGCCAUUUGAAUAUACUGGAAAACCCGCACAUUGCAUCAUUGGCCUCUGCCACGGACCCUGCUGUUCAGGAGGAGGCUUGUGCCCUCUAUACUUCUAUCAUGACCGCUGUGCGCGUUUCUGGUUCAAUCAUCGCGGUGGAUAUUGAGGUUCCCACUGCUGAAAACAAUGAAGUUGUGAAGGCACUGGCAUCCCAGAUCGUUGCCUACUCCCUUCGAAAUCUGGAAGGUACAGCUAUUGGAGAGGAUCUGUCGGAUGCUCUCGUGUCGCACGACGUUCCAAUCCCAGAGAUCCUACAGCACAUUGUCGGGCACUCCACUAUCAUGGACGAGCCAUGCUAUGAAGAAGAUGAGGCAGGCCCAGACGAGGAUUAUGUCAUUGGCGGUACAGGUGUGGUCAAGGCACUAGGUGUCUGUCUCGGAAACCUUGAUCAACAUGGCAGUGAUUUGCCAGGUGAUUCAGCCCCUGGCAGUGGCACUACAACCCCUCGUCGUCGCAAGUCUAGAGUUGUUACUAAGAGGCCUCGGGACAUGUCGAAAAAUCUGUUGGAGUCCGCGCGCAAUAUUCGAGCUCGGAUCCAGUCAGCUCUUAUCCGCGAAGACCGAGCUGGUAACGACGCCAACUACAGACGUCUCCAAUUUCUGGACAUUACAUUGCAUGGAAUGAUCCAGCGCUUUGAAGAUGAGUAUCCUGAAACUCGUCUACCUUCUCCACCUAUUCCCAUGUCUACUAUUCCAGACACCGCAUCGCAGCAUUCCGGUGAGGAUGGAAUUAGUUCAAGUGCUAUCAUUGGUAACCUAAGCAGCAGCUUUGUAGACAAUGAAACUGCCGUCGACGAUGAAGAAGUCGAUCAGGACGGUUUCAAACUUUCCCGGUCUAGCUCGAUGACCUCGUUGCAUGCUCGUGCCAUGACAUCAGAAGAAGGUCAUGUCCAUCGUCUAGGUCAAAACCUCCGCCGUGACUUCUUAAAGACACCCGAUGGGCAAGGCGAGGACGACUCACAUCUUGAUGCUCUACGAGAGAAACUGGAGCGCCUACACGAAGAGCAGGCUCAGUCACCAUUUGACACUGGAGAAGCCUUCGAGAAACUUGGGAACACUGUUGAUGAGCUCUGGGCAGCCCAGCGUCAAGACGCUGAAGGUUUCGAGAGAUUUAAACAAUCUCAAAUUGCUGCCCAGUUCAAUAGUGGUCUACGCCGGGAAUCAUCUUCCUCUGAAAGCAAGUCACCUCCAUCGUGA